AGUUCGCUGAUAAAGUGAACACCUGUCCUCUGUGCAUGUGUUGUGACAUCUGGUAGGUGUCUGACGCAUUGGUGGACCGGCAGGCCUGCGAGUUACAGAACUCUGCUGCCACCUAGUGUCGUGAUCGCCCACAUCCUUAACAGGACGGUUGCACUCAAAGAGUGGACAGCACCUGGGACCUACAUCCAGACCUCAGUCCUUGAUUAACAAUUUAAAACAUCACAUCCAAGCAAGUAGAGUGAUUGAGUUUAGUUACUAGUUACGCACCUGACGAGGAGUCAUGAGACAUGUUGAUGAAAAUUGACAAUUCGUCGCCCAUGGCAUUAGACGUGACUAUAGUUUGCAAUGAAUUAUGGGUGAUAUCAACCUAACACUCCUAACAUCUGGAAUAGUAGCCUCAAGCGGAUGUGGAUUUUAUUUUUGAACACUUUUGCAAACUAUAAACACUUGCUAAAAUCAUUGUGGUGUGUAUGGGAGAGCCGGAGGAUCAAGUAAAAAAAAAUUGACGACUGGCUGUAGUGCUGUGUCCGGCCCGGGAAAAGGUUAGACAGCACCGAAUACGUUUCCGGGCGCGUGCGAUCCGAAUAACGGACCACUGGAUCUCCGUAUUUCAUAAAUGGGCGACUGACGGUGGUCCCUGAGUCAAUUAACAGAACAGAACUGUUGACGUAACCUCACUGUUCAAAGUUGCAGGUGUAGGUCCAUAGGUCAGCCAUGGAGGGCCUCUACUUCGAGGUCAAGCCAUCUGCCCCCCCUUCCUCCCCCUUUCACCUCACCCCUAAACGCUCCUCCUCGGCCUCGUCCCUCCUCAACCUCGCCCCUAACAGAAGGUCCUUCACAUCCUCCCCCCUCCUCACCCCCCCAGGGAGAAAACAGGCCCCCAGUGAAGAUGAAGAGGAAGAGGUUCAGUACACACUGACUCUGAUUGGCUGCCUUCCCGUCCACCCAUUAACUACCAUGGCCAUGCUGCCUUGGGUAGUGUCUGAGAUCGAGAGGCCCCGGCCUGGGGAGCGUCUGAUCAGCCCAGGUCGACACCCUGGAAACGGGGGUGGACUCCCGGAGGGAGAGCGAGUUUCCAUUCGAGACAAGGUGGUGCGCCUCUCUGUCUCCUCCUCAUGGGUUCGGUGUGUAUGGACAGAGGAGGAGGAGGAGGGCAGCAGCCGGCCAUGGGACCCCCUUACACACACCCAUGUCCGCCAGCAUGUGUUGUUUGAGUGCAGGCCACAUCGAAUCGCCAAGCUGCUCCACAACAGCAGAGAGCCAUGUAGCUUUGGUUGUCUGGUCCGAGACAGAAAUCUGUGCCGCUGCUACAGCUUCCACUGUCACAACCGGACCAAGGUUCCUGAGAUCAUCAGUGCGCUGCGUCAGGCUGGGAAGAGCUCGGCGCGCAAUGAUGACCUCACAGACCCCUUACAAGCUGCUUCUUCCUCAGAAGACUGCACUUCCUCUUCAUCCACAAACUCCUCUUCCUCCUCUGUCUCCACGACCAAUGCUUCCGUUAGUGCCGUCUGCACCUCGACCAUGUUUGCCAAGCGGUUUGAGGUGCUUUUCUGCGGCAGAGUGACCGUUGCGCACAAGAAAGCGCCACCGGCUUUGAUUGACGAGUGCAUAGAGAAAUUCAGCCAAUCCAGAGGCACCGAGGGAGGGGCUAAACCAGUAAGCAGCGGGGGAUUUGUCAGUGGGCUGCGGAGAGCUCUGACUUUCCCGCUGGCGCUUAACGGUAAACCAGGGGAUGAAGAGCAGGAUGCAGUGAGAGAGGGAGGACAGGACAGGGGGAGGGAGUGGGCCCCUGCUGGUGAGAGGCCGAUGUUUUUUAAACGCGACCCCAGUUUCCCCUGCCUGGAGGCUCUGGAUGAGAACGGCCUGUCACCAGAGCUACACACACCCCCCGGAGACCCACGCGCCGCAGGAGUCCAGCCUGCCAGCCUCCAGGAGAACAGGACCAUGCUAUUUAUGGUUGGCCGCUCUCAGAUCUUCCUGGUCAGUCCUGACACCAAGAAGGUCUCCAUAGAGAAGAGCUUCAGGGAGAUCUCCUUCUGCUCCCAGGGGAUUCGUCACGUGGAUCACUUUGGCUUCAUCUGCAGAGAAACCGUGGAAGGAGGGAGCUGUACCUUCAUCUGCUAUGUCUUCCAGUGUACUGAUGAAGCUCUGGUGGAUGAGAUCAUGCUGACAUUAAAGCAGGCAUUCUCUGUAGCCGCCCUGCUGCAGAGUGAGAGGACCCAGAGCCAGCAAUGCGAUGGUUGCCCCAUGCAGCAGCUCCACAGGUUGUGUGAAAGGAUAGAAGGUCUCUUGCCGUCUAAAGCCAAGCUGGACUUACAGAGACAUCUGUCCACCCUGGACAACCAGGAGCAGGCUGCCAUCUUUGAGAUCACCAUGCGGGCCCGUCCUAAGAGUGACCAAGAGGAGAAUGAACUGGUGAUGGCAUCUUUGAGGAGUCUUUAUGAGGACAAACAGAAGACUCACCAACACACACACUCUACCAACAAUACACAGGUACCAGAGGGUUUCCCCCCAGUAGAGGUCCAGUCAUCUAGCAGUAAACUGGAGCAGUUUAGAACCAGAGCUAAACGUUCCCUGGCAGCAUCUCUGGAGGGCAUCUGGAAGGGUAGUAACAGAGGCCGGCCUCAGAUGGAGAAUAGUGAAGGAGACAGCAAUUCAUCCAACUCUACACUAAACUCUACCGGACAGGAUCUCUCCUUGGAGGAGCCCCUCCCCUCCUGCUCUUUACACUCCUCCCCACUGCCCCCCUCCUCUUCGCUUAGGUCUCACAACUCGACAGGCGACCUGAAACGUGUGGGCACUUCUCCUCUCUUGCCUCCCUCUGCCGUGUCGCUCUCUUCGUCCUGCGGGGAGACGGACUCCCAGAGCUUCAGGAGGAGGGCCAACACCUUUAGCCACACCCCCAGCCCAUCUUCUGCUGACCACACCCCCUCCCAGAGACUCCAUCACUCACCCCAGGACUCCAGCUCCUCCACCAAGCCCAAACUGGUUCGACACUACUCCGUCAGCACUGGAACACCACACCAGAGCAAAAGACUCCAAGGUGACCAAUCUCUUCCUUUACCCUCAUCCCUUUCUCCUCUCCUCACUCAUCCCUCCUUCCCCUCUCUUGGGUAUCAUCCGGUCAAACGAAGUCCCCUGGUAGGUCUGCGUGCUCGUCUCCAUUCCUCCUCCUCAGUUCCUAACUUCCUUAAGUUCCUCCCUCCGGUCCGUGAGAACGACCCCUGUGACUCAAACACGAGGAGUGACGUUGCUGCUCUCUCCAGUCCGGUAGCAGAGUGUGUGGGAGACAGUCCUCUACGAAGCCGCAGACACUCCUGGAGACAACAGAUCUUCCUACGAGUCGCUACUCCUCAGAAAACGGACAGAGAUGAAAGGGGCGACUCUUCUCUAGAGGGUAGGGUACUGUCUCUGAGCCAGGGGGGCGCGGUUGGGGGUGGAGACAGGCCGCUGGGCGUGGUUCCAGAGGAGAGGAAGAGGCGUGGCCAGGCGGACCUCCGAGAGCUGUGGAGGAAGGCUAUCCUUCAACAGAUACUACUGCUGAGAAUGGAGAGAGAGAACAACAAGAUACAAGCGUCAGAGAGUAAGCGGCUACGUCUAGACUACGAGGAAAUAACUCCUUGUCUGAAGGACGUCACACUCGUCUGGGAAGGCAUGCUGGGAACUCCAGCCAGGUCAACCGUGAAGUUCAACCGCGACACAAUCCACACUGCUGUUGGACAGGGAGUUCCUAGGCAGUUCAGAGGAGAGGUGUGGAAGUUUCUUUCUGAGCAGUAUCUGUUGAGCCAGACUGUUCCCUCCAGAACUCCAGCCAAUAAUACGCCUUAUAAAGAACUACUCAAACAGCUGACUUCCCAACAGCAUGCCAUCCUCAUUGACCUGGGUCGGACCUUCCCCACACACCCGUAUUUCCAGGCACAGUUAGGGGCUGGUCAGCUGUCCCUCUACAACUUGCUCAAGGCCUACUCCCUUCUGGACCCAGAGGUGGGUUACUGCCAGGGUCUGAGUUUCAUAGCUGGUGUGUUGUUGCUCCACAUGGGUGAAGAGGAGGCCUUCAACAUGCUCAAGUUCCUCAUGUAUGAUAUGGGUCUCCGCAAACAAUACAGGCCUGACAUGAUCAUUCUGCAGAUCCAGAUGUACCAGUUGUCUCGUCUCCUCCAUGACUACCACAGAGACCUGUAUGUCCACCUGGAGCAGCAGGAGAUCGGCCCGUCUCUGUACGCUGCUCCCUGGUUCCUCACAGCCUUUGCCUCACACUUCCCCCUGGGCUUUGUGGCCAGGGUGUUCGACAUGUUAUUUCUACAGGGAGCGGAGGUCAUUUUCAAAGUGUCGCUAAGCCUCCUGGGUAGUCACAAGCCAUUGAUUCUGCAGCAUGACAGUCUGGAGACCAUAGUAGACUUCAUCAAGACCACCCUGCCCAACCUGGGACUUGUUCAGAUGGAGAAGACCAUCAAUCAGGUGUGUGAGAUGGACAUAUCCAAACAGCUGCAGGCCUAUGAGGUGGAGUACCAUGUCCUGCAGGAUGAGCUGUGUGACAUGCCUGCUCACCUCAACCAAUCACAGCGCGCCGCCCAGCUGGAACGGACCAAUCAAAGCCUCCGACAACAGAACCUUGACCUGCUGGAGGAACUGCAGGUUUCCCAGGCCCGUGUGUGUGGCCUGGAGGGCCGUGUUGAAGGCCUCGUCCAAUCAGAGAGGUUCCUGAAAGAACAGGUUUGUGAGCUUGAGAAUGAGAGAGACAAUCUGCAGAGCACUGUCGCUCGCCUCAAUACACUCCUCGCCGCGAUGGGCACGCGCGCCCCAAAUGAAGACCUCAGCCCGGCCCUGGACACACACUCUGUCAGUGAAGGGGAGGGGGCUGGUGUCCCCGAUGGGGUGGGGCAGAAGACUGGAGAAUUACCGCUGAGAGAGGCACCUGUUCCGUGGGCCAUGGCCCCGCCUCCUCCCCUCACUCUACCAGAAUAAUGAUUCUGUCUCAGAGAGAAACUGACUCUGGUGGGGGGAUUUUUUUCCUGGAUGCAAAUUAUGUGGUACCCCCCCCAUACUCUGAACUUUAACCUUAUUAGCUCCAACUCAAUACCUUAUCAGUGCACUGUAAAUGAACCAUUUCAUUUUGUUGUUUUUUUAAUUCAAUGCAGUAACACAGCCAAAGCAACCGAAUACAGUCCUCUCUGCUCCACUCAGAAGUAUAGUAGAGCUUCAG